CACCCAGCCUGAGCAAGUCGUUAGCCGUCAGUCUCCCAUAGAAUACCGUGGAUUUUGGAACCAGGAAUGACCUUUCUUUCGAAGGUCUCUGUUCUUUGCCACCUUUUCACUGUCAGCAGUGAUCAUGUCACUUUGCCAAGCCGCCGUCACCCUUCGCGUCUGGUAUCUUUUUUCUCGCAACGUAUACGUCCGCACCAUUGCGGUGACCGCCCUCAUCGGCAGCGCAACAGCUUCAUUCACUAUGGUCUCCACGUUAGUGGGGAGCAUGGAAAAACUCUUUACCUCCGGUAUUUCAAUCCAGACACACAUUCCUGGAAAAAUCGUGUGGCUUUUCGUUCCUGCGUUGAUCGACCAUACUCUCUUGUUUGCAUUGAAAGUCUAUCGCUUCGCACAAGGCAGGAAGUCGCUUCACGUGGAAGCACCGUUGCGCAGAUUCUUCAAAGAGGGUAUGUUGAUGUAUGCGUUCGCGAUGGGAUCACUCGUGUUCUCGAUCAUAUGCCUUUCGUUCACUGGUCCUUCUCAGCUGUCGAUUUUCAUUUUGGCUCUAACUAGCUUCCCUACAGCAGCAGUUGCUGUGGCCGUGUGUCACGCCAUGCUCAAUAUUCGUUCGUUGGCCACCACAUUCCAUGUCGACCCAGAGUGGCUCCUUAACCAUGCCGAGAUGAGCAGGCUACCGUUACGUGAAGGACUGAACAAAAGCGAGUUCCGUGUUGAUUUAUACGCCGAGUGACAAACCGACGACAAGUCUCUGAGCCUUUUUAAUCCUGCUUGUACUCGGCCUCUUCCUUCGGUUCGAAUUGAUCGAUUCGAAGACCAGAGACGUUCUGGUUACAUAACGAAAAUAUUUCGUACAUGUAUUGGACGUACGUUUCCAGAUAUUUUGUAGCAUAAUAGCUCCCUCACUCUCAAAGGGAACUUGAUUAAGAGAUUGAUCAAUAUGUAGCAUCCGUUGAUAUAUAUGAUAAUUUCGGAGUAUGAGGAACCUUACCAGAAGGCCCCGUCCUCCUCAGUAAGUUCAUGGUCUUUGCCUCAUCGCUCAAGAGUGCCCUGGCGAGUCCUCAGGGAUCAGACAUACACAAGAUUUGCGGUUGCUAAAUGAGAGAUAAAAGUGAACAAGUAUGACUUUUACCGACAAC